UAUACUUCAACAUGCAAUAUACAUUCCGGAGCGAAGCCGGUGUUCCAUCUUGGCAUCUUCAAACCUUGGCAAGUUCACUCAAAGCCAUGCAGAAGAGACCCAAGAGGCAAGCACUGAAUGGCACGAGGUCGACUUCAUACACGGAUAAUGUCUUCAAAGCCGUGCGAUCGAUUCGCCGAUUUCCUGCAUGGUCUCGUCCCUAUGCCCAAUGGUUCUUGUCGGACUGCGCCAAAAUCCGCCGACAGGUCAAGCGCGCCAAGGACAUCAUCGAACCCCUCAUCGCCAAGCGAAUCGAAGAGAUUCUAGUCCAGAAGGGUCUCGCCGAGAUGCCAAACGAUGCUAUCAUAUGGAUGCACGAAGUCGCCACGGGCAAGGGCAAGGAAUGCCACGGAGCGCACAUUCAACUGUCCCUUAGCAUGGCAUCGAAGACGUCGCUCUAUCGUAUGAAGCUCGCCGACAGCGUCAUGAAGGAGACACGGCGCCUUAAGCCCCUGGGUGUCCUCCCAUCGCACCGCCAUGUCAGUGACGAUGUGGUGCUGCCCGAUGGCACACUCAUUCCCAAAGGCGCGAUCGUCGCCACCAACAUGUCGCGCAUGUAG